CUCGACCGGCGAUUCAACGCGGCAAAGAUUUCGCUGGUGACUGUUGGCUCGGUGGCAACACUGGCGCGGAUCAUAAAGCAGCCACUGCACAAUGAUUUCCGCUUCUUCCACCACCCAGUUGCUCUCCAUCUCCAGAAAUAGAAACACACUAUAUAUAACAAGCCCCGGUGAGCACAUUAGCACACGGAGAGAAAGAAACAAGAGGAGCACACACAGCCAUGUCCCUUCUACUCAUGAUCUUCUUGCUUUCCUCGACGGUGGUGGCGGCACAGGCCGACGCGAACCCAGGCAAGAUCGCAAGGAGUCAGUUCCCCAAGGACUUCCUCUUCGGCACAGCCUCUUCGGCUUACCAGUAUGAAGGUGCUGCGAGGGAAGGCGGCAGAGGACCCAGCAUCUGGGACGCCUUCACUCACAAUCACCCAGAAAAGAUAGCAAAUGGAAGCAAUGGAGAUGUAGCAAUAGACUCCUACCACCGGUACAAGGACGAUGUCAACAUCAUGAAGGAUUUGGGCUUUAAUGCCUAUAGAUUUUCUCUUUCUUGGUCACGAAUUCUGCCUAGUGGGAAAUUGAGUGGAGGGGUCAACAUGGAAGGAAUCAAUUACUACAACAAUCUCAUCGAUAAACUCAUUUCGGAAGGUAUUGAACCAUUUGUAACCCUUUUUCACUGGGACUCCCCGGAAGUAUUAGAACAGCAGUAUGGUGGCUUCUUAAGCCAGCUUAUUGUGGAAGAUUUCAAGGACUAUGCCAGCAUCUGCUUCAGGGAGUUUGGUGACAGGGUGAAGUACUGGAUAACAUUCAACGAGCCUUGGAGUUUCAGUAUUGGUGGCUAUUCUAGUGGUACAUACGCACCUGGUAGAUGCUCGUCUUCGGCAAAGCCAGGUUGUAGCAUGGGAGACUCGGGAAGGGAACCUUAUAUAGUAGCUCAUAAUCAACUUCUGGCUCAUGCAGCAGCAGUUCAAGUGUACAGAGACAAAUACCAGAUAGAGCAAAAAGGGAAGAUCAGCAUUACAAUAGUUAGUAAUUGGAUAAUUCCCUACACAAAUUCCAAAGAAGACAAGGAUGCUUCCAAACGUGCAUUGGACUUCAUGUAUGGAUGGUUCAUGGAUCCCUUAACCAAGGGACAUUAUCCACUCAGCAUGAAAACACUGGUUGGUAACAGACUACCAAAAUUCACAAAAGAGCAGGCAAGGGCUGUAAAAGGAUCAUUUGAUUUCAUUGGCCUUAAUUAUUAUUCAGCAAGAUAUGCAAAGAAUACUAAACACAAUAGCAAUAGUAAAGAAAGCUACAGUACUGAUUCACAAACUGAUCAAAGAGUGGAAAGAAAUGGAACGUAUAUUGGCCCAAAGGCUGGCUCUUCUUGGCUCUAUAUCUAUCCAAGAGGAAUAGAAGAACUACUGCUAUAUACCAAGAAGACAUAUAACAACCCUACUAUAUACAUCACAGAAAAUGGUGUUGAUGAAAUUAACAAUGAAAAUUUACCUCUUCAAGAAGCCUUAAUUGACAAUACCAGAAUAGAAUUCUACCAGCAACACAUAUUCUAUGUUCAAAGAGCCCUAAAGCAAGGAGUUGACGUACGAGGAUACUUUGCAUGGUCACUAUUUGACAACUUCGAGUGGGUGGAUGGUUAUAGUGUUCGGUUUGGUCUUAACUACAUCAACUACAAGGAUGGUCUGAAACGAUAUCCAAAGCGAUCAAGCCAAUGGUUUCAGAAGUUUCUUCAUCACUAAAAAUUGUAUUGUAUAAGCCUAACUCUUUUAUGUAGUACAGUGUCAGCAUAAUGGAUACAUCCUAUUGUGAUAGCUAGCAUUCAUCAGUAUAAUACUCUGAGUAGCUCACUUGUACCUAAUAUGGUAUGGGUAACUUCAUUGUAAUUUCCGGAACAUGCUACUGUUUCCAAUGUAAUAACAUUAAGUAAGGGAUAACAGAUGUAGUCCCCCUUGAUCGCAAACCAAUUUAAAAACGUAUUGGGAUGAACACAUGGCAUUUGUAAGCACUAAACAAGCAAUAGAUGUUCCAGUUGCUUCCAGUAAAUCACAGCAUAGCAAUAAUUUAGCACUGACAUCAGGCCUUAUCAUUUGCUACUUAGGUCAUAUAAAUACUUAUGUUGGGUGAGUGAUCAAAUACCAUUUAGCAUUUUUCAGGAACUUCAUUGAAAUGAUUGAUAAAAUUGAACUUUUUGAGACCACAUGACAUUAUUCACAGGCCAACUUAACUGCAUUCUAUAC